AACUGUGGUUUUAGAAUAGACUACCAGACCAUUAGUGGAUAUCACCAUUAUCUAGUGCUGGAAAUCAUUGCCUUUUAAUGGUGUAACCCACACUCAAUGGCACUUAAUACAUAGCAUAUACACUUAGCAAUGGAAAAAAUGGUGUAGAAGACAGCCAGCCAUAGUUGUCCAUGUCCAUAGCUGUCCAUAUUCAGUCCAUGAGAUGCAUCUGCAGACAUCCAAGGUCCUUAUAAGUGGUUAACAGAUCAUCACCAGAAGCUUACAGGUGAACUUGUUGACACUUUUGGGAAUGCAUCCCAUCCUGACUCUUGUUUUCCUUCUCUGUACCUUUUCUAGUUUUAAAAUAUGUUUCUUGGAAUGGACUGACCAGAAUGGGAGGUAAUUUUCUUUUAAAAUGUGGCUCCUCCAUGAAUGCAUGUAGAGUAUUACAGUGCUACUUUGUGUUUUGUUCUCUAUGCCUUUACUAACACUAUAUUAACAUUUUGACUGUCUGUGCUGGUUUUGGCUGGGGUAGAGUUAAUUUUCUUCAUAUUAGCUAGUAUGGGGCUAUUAUUUAGAUUUGUGCUGGAAACAGUGUUGAUAAUUCAGGGAUGUUUUUGUUAUUGCUGAGCAGUGCUUACACAGAGUCAAGGCCUUUUCUGCUUUUUAUACUGCCCUGCCAGUGAGUAGAUUAGGGGUGCACAAGAAGUUGGGAAGGGACACAGCUGAGACAGCUGACCCUAACUGACCAAAGGAAUAUCCCAGACCAUAUGAUGUCAUGCUCAGCAUAUAAAGCUGGGGGAAGAAGAAGGAAUGGGGAGGACGUUCAGAGUUACGGUGUUUGUCUUCCCAAGUAAGCAUUAUGCGUGAUGGAGCCCUGCUUUCCUGGAGAUGUCUGAACACCUGCCUGCUGAUGGGAAGUACCAAGUUAAUUCCUUGUUUUGCUUUGCUUGCAUGCACAGCUUUUGCUUUACUUAUUAAACUGUCUUUAUCUCAACCCAUGAGUUUUCACACUUUUACUCUUCUGGUUCUCUCCCCCAUCCCACCAGCGGGGGGAGUGAGCAAGUGGCUGUGUGGGGCUUAGUUGUCAGCUGGGGUUAAACUACGACAGUCCUUUUUGGCGCUUAACAUGGGGCGCAAAGUGUUCGAGAUAAUGACAAAUUUGAAUGGAAUGUGCUAAAUUGAAUUUAUAGCUGUAACUGCUGUUUAGCUAUUAAUUGGUAGGCUCUUAUGCUUGCCAUGGGGCUUGCUUGCCUUACUGUAUAUUAGAGUCUAGUGCUCGUUAGUGGCUGCUUUUUGCUUUCGCUGCUUGCUAUCUGCUCCUUUUUGGCACCCAGUGUGGGGCACAAACUGCUUAUUAUCUUACUCUGCUGUGCCUGGGAACAUCUUGAUAAUACCACUGGCUAUGUGCCUGGGCUGGCAGAUAGCCAGGGCAUCACUGCUGUUUCUGUGCUGCUGUACUGGACAGGCUGGAACUCCAGUGUGAACUCGAGUUGAAGGGACUGUGACCUGUGGAGGAGUUCUCACAGGAGCAGGACACCCCAAAGCAUCUGUGGCCAUGGAUAAGCUGAUGGCAGAGCAGGUACACCUCAAAGCGUCUGUGGCCGUGGUUAUGUCUGUGCUGCAACAGGUAUACCUCUGAAGGCAUUGUGGCCCAAGGAUAAGUCCAUGCUGGAGAAGGUACAUCUCAAAGCAUCUGUGGCUGUGGAUAAGUCCAUGCUGCAGCAGGUACACCUUGAAGCAUCAGUGGCUGUGCAUGAGGUCAUGCUGGAGCACCUCAAAGUGUGUGGCCAUGGAUAAGCCCAUGACAGAGCAGGUAGAGCCCUGGAGGGAGUGCAGCUAUGGGAAGGACAAGAAACCAUGGCCACUAUGUCUGCAGCACUUGGGGAAACAACCAUUUCAAAACUUUUGAUGGAGACAUCUAUCAAUUCCCUGGCAUUUGCGAGUAUAAUUUUGCUUCUGACUGCCAAGAAUCUUACAAGGAGUUCUCUGUCCACAUUCAGCGUGCUCUGAACAGCAAUAACCACCCUGAGAUCCAGUAUAUUCUGAUAACAAUCAAGGACUUUACUGUGUACCUCAGACCAAAACUGGCUGUAGUAGAUGGGCGGAUUGUGAAGACACCUUACUACAGCUCUGGUGUGCUCAUUGAGAGCAAUGACAUUUACACCAAGGUUUAUGCCAAAUUAGGCCUGAUUCUGAUAUGGAAUCAGGAAGAUGCACUGAUGGUGGAGCUGGACAGCAAAUUUAAUAACCAUACAUGUGGUCUCUGUGGCGAUUACAAUGGAGUUCCAAUCUACAAUGAGUUUAUCAAUGGAGGUGCAAGCUAUAAUUCAAUAACGUAUGGGAAUUUACAGAAGAUCAGCAAACCCAAUACCAAAUGUGAAGAUCCUGAUGAAACUCGGGCUCUUCCAAGCUGCAAUGGGCAUCGCAAUGAGUGUGAGAGGUUGCUGACUUCCUCUGCAUUUGCUGAUUGUCGGUUACGUCUUAAUUUGGAAACGUACAUCCAAGCCUGCAUGCAGGACAAGUGUGCGUGUAAUGGAAAUGAGGACUCCUUCUGCCUCUGCAGCACCAUCUCUGAGUAUUCUCGUCAGUGUUCGCAUGUGGGUGGCCGGCCUGGUGAAUGGAGGACACAGUACUUUUGCCCCAAGACCUGUCCUGAUACCAUGAUCUAUAGAGAAAGCAGCUCACCCUGCAUGGAUACUUGCUCACACUUGGAGAUCAGCAGCCUUUGUGAGGAACACUACAUGGAUGGUUGUUUCUGCCCUGAAGGAACUGUGUAUGAUGAUAUUACUGAAAAAGGUUGCAUACUUGCUAGCCAGUGCCACUGCAAACUCCAUGGAAAGGAGUAUUCACCUGGAGAAAGCAUUACCAAUGAAUGUGAAGAAUGCACCUGUGAUUCAGGCAGAUGGAUGUGCAAAGAUUUACCCUGUCCAGGCACAUGUUCAGUGGAAGGAGGUUCCCAUAUUACCACCUUUGAUGGGAAGAAAUACACCUUCCAUGGAGACUGCUACUAUGUGUUGGCCAAGGGUACUGUAAAUGACAGUCAUGCUCUCCUGGCAGAGCUGUCUCCCUGUGGCUCCACAGACAGGCAGACCUGUUUGAAGACUGUUGUGCUGUUAGUAGAUCACAAAAAAAAUGUGGUGGUUUUCAGAUCAGAUGGCAGUGUGUUACUGAAUGAGAUGACAGUGAACGUGCCCCAUGUGUCAGCCAGCUUCUCAGUAUUCAAGCCAUCUUCCUACUACCUUGUUGCACAAACUUCUUUUGGGUUUCAGCUGCAGAUUCAGUUGUUUCCAGUCAUGCAGCUGUUUGUGACUGUGGAUCAAUCAGUUCAAGGAAAACUUCAAGGUCUUUGUGGAAACUUUAACGGAAUGGAAGGUGAUGACUUUAAAACAACAAGUGGGCUGGUAGAAGCUACAGGAUCUGCCUUUGCUAACACAUGGAAAGCUCAGUCCACCUGUAUAGACCAGGUAGAAAAGCUGGAAGACCCCUGCAGUCUCAGCACCGAAAGUGCAAAUUAUGCUGAGCAUUGGUGUUCUUUGCUGAAAAACUCAGAGGGUCCUUUUGCAAGAUGUCACUUAAUCAUUGACCCUUCAGAAUAUUAUAAGAAAUGUAAAUAUGACACCUGCCUCUGCGAAGACAAUGAAGAAUGCUUGUGUGCUGCCCUGUCCUCUUACUCGAGAGCCUGUGCUUUCAAAGGGAUCAUACUGGGAGGCUGGAGAAAAAAUGUUUGCACUAGUGAAGUGUCUGCUUGCCCAGGAAAUCAAAUCUUCCUUUACAAUCUUACAAUGUGCCAGCAAACCUGUCGUUCCCUUGCUGAUGGUGAAAAGCAUUGCUUGCAAGACUUUCCUCCCAUGGAUGGCUGUGGCUGCCCAUAUAAUACAUACUUGGAUAACCAAGAUACCUGUGUGCCCAUCUCCAAGUGCCCAUGUUAUUACAAGGGAUCAUACCUGGAACCUGGGGAAUAUGUCACAAAAGAUGGAGAACGUUGUGUUUGCCGAAAUGCAAAGGUCCAGUGUACUUCAGUGACAAUAAAAAUUAAAAGUACAACAGAAUGUUCUUCUAAUAAGAUGUACUUUGACUGCAACGCAUCCCCAAAGUGGACUUCGCAAACGCCUCUACAGCUUAGCUGUCAUACUCCUCGAACUGAUCAUUUCCAGGCAGAGUGUGUCUCAGGCUGUGUGUGUCCUGAAGGUCUUUUUGAUGAUGGGAAAGGGGGCUGUGUUGAGGAGAAGGACUGCCCAUGCAUUCAUAACAACCAGUGGUAUUCUCCGGGACAGAAGAUAACAGUGGACUGCAACACCUGUACCUGCCAAAAAGGGCUUUGGAGCUGCACUGAAGAUGUGUGCUAUGGGACUUGUAUGAUAUAUGGAAGUGGCCAUUAUAUCACCUUUGAUGGAAAAUUCUAUGACUUUGAUGGGAGUUGUGAAUAUGUGGCUACUCAGGAUUUUUGUGGUGACAAAAAUUCCAGCGGCUCGUUCAGUAUCAUCACAGAGAAUGUCCCUUGUGGGACUACAGGGGUCACCUGCUCAAAGGCUAUUAAAAUGUUUCUAGGGAAAACUGAACUGAAAUUGGAGAACAAAGAUUAUAAAGAAAUUCAGCGAGAUAUUGGUGAUGAUGUGCGUUAUUGGAACAGGACAGUAGGCCUCUACCUUGUUAUUGAGGCUAGCAAUGGCGUGAUGCUUAUCUGGGAUAAGAAGACUACUGUUUUCAUCAAGCUGACCCCUGAUUACAAAGGCAAAGUGUGUGGUCUGUGUGGGAACUUUGAUGACAAGUCUAACAAUGACUUUACAACAAGGAGUGGGCUGCAGGAGACUAAUGCUCUGAAGUUUGGGAAUUCCUGGAAACAGUCUUCCAUGUGCCCAGAUAUCACACAAGAGAUUAAGCCCUGUGAUGUGAAACCACAUCGGAAGUCCUGGGCAGAGAAAGAAUGCAGCAUCAUCCGGAGUGAAGUCUUUAAAAUUUGUCACUCCAAGGUGGACCCGAUUCCUUUCUAUGAAGCCUGUGUUCAUGAUGCCUGCUCUUGUGACAGUGGUGGAGAUUGUGAGUGCUUCUGUUCUGCAGUUGCUGCAUACGCUCAAGAAUGUACCAAGGCUCAGGCCUGUGUUUUCUGGAGAACUCCUGAUAUAUGCCCGAUAUUUUGUGACUACUACAACCCUCGUAAUGAGUGUGACUGGCACUAUGAGCCUUGUGGCAGUAAUGUCACAACCUGCAGGAUGAUUAAUAAUGUCAGCACCAACUUUUCAGUACCAUACCUGGAAGGUUGCUACCCCAGAUGCCCUAAGGACAAACCUAUUUAUAAUGAAGAGACAAAGGAAUGUGUGCCUGAAGAUCAAUGUUGGUGUUACAUCAAUGGAACUCAUGUUCCCCCUGGAAGCGAAAUACCCACAGAAGAGAACUGUACAAAAUGUGUCUGUGGCCCCUCAGGAUCCAUACAGUGUACACCAAUCCCAGGGUGUCCUUGUGUCGUCAAUGGAACAAGUUAUGAAGUGGGUGAAAUUGUGGCACAAAUACAGGAUGGCAACAUAUGUAUAACAUACGUUUGUGCAGAAAAUGGUUCUAUAGUUGUUGGAAGUACUUACCCUUGUCCGACGUCUACUUCACCUACAACCACUUCAACCUCCUUUCCUACUAGUACUCUUACCACCACAGUUAUCACUACAAGCCCUCCAGUAACUACAACUCCAUGCUUUGGAUUAAUCUGUAAUUGGACUCAGUGGUUUGAUGUUAGUAAACCUGAAGAAGAUGGCGGUGACUAUGAAACCUAUGAUGCAAUAAGAAAAGAACAUGGAAACAAAAUAUGUGAAGCUCCUGAAGAUAUUGAAUGCAGGGCUAAAGAUAAUCCUGAUAUGAGCUUAGAGGAACUUGGCCAGAAAGUGGAGUGUAAUGUUACAUAUGGACUAAUCUGUAAAAAUGAGGAGCAAGAUGCGACUAUGUGGCAACUUUGCUAUAAUUAUGAAAUCAGGGUAAACUGUUGUGAGUGGAGUGAAAUUUCUUGUGAGACUACAAGUACACUGAGUCCAACACCAACUGCAACUUCAACCACCACCAGCACAACAGUACCCAUCACCACUACAGUCAGGCAGUCAACAGCAAUUACCACCAUGCCCAUUCCCACCCCAACUAUCACCAGCGAAUUCACACCAUCAGUCACCACCCCAGUAACUUCAACCUCUCCAGCCCCACCUUCGUCCACAACAAGAACAGUGUCCCCUCCACCCGUAUCAACAACCGCUCCCACGCCAACGCCAUCGGAGCCUCCCAGCAGCACCGCCACCACCACGAUGCCACCCAGAAGCACCACCAGCAGCACCCUGGGGACAACGACGAUGGUUCCUGGCACACCAGCACCCACCCCAACUACUGCAAGCACAUCCAUGCCCACACCAACAUACACCACCACCUCAUCACCUCCAGAUUGUGACUGCAUCUGGACGGACUGGAUUGAUGUGAGUUACCCAAAUAGUUCUGACAGAAACAGCGGUGACUACGAAACCUUUGAGAAUAUCCUGAAGAACGACUCCUCCUGGGUCUGUGCAAAAGCUGAGAAUAUUUCAUGCAGAGCACAGAAAUUCCCUCACAUUCCCAUUGCAGAUUUAGGGCAGAAGGUGGAAUGCAGUGUUAACACAGGGCUCAUCUGUAACAAUAGCGAUCAGGUCAUAGGAGGUAUAAUACCGAUGCCCGUCUGCCUCAAUUACGAGAUCAGUGUCUGCUGCAUCCCCAACAUACCGCAGUGUAUUACAAGUACCACCACGAGCACCACGACAGCCCCACCUUCGUCCACAACAAGAACAGUGUCCCCUCCACCCGUAUCAACAACCGCUCCCACGCCAACGCCAUCGGAGCCUCCCAGCAGCACCGCCACCACCACGAUGCCACCCAGAAGCACCACCAGCAGCACCCUGGGGACAACGACGAUGGUUCCUGGCACACCAGCACCCACCCCAACUACUGCAAGCACAUCCAUGCCCACACCAACAUACACCACCACCUCAUCACCUCCAGAUUGUGACUGCAUCUGGACAGACUGGAUUGAUGUGAGUUACCCAAAUAGUUCUGACAGAAACAGUGGUGACUACGAAACCUUUGAGAAUAUCCUGAAGAACGACUCCUCCUGGGUCUGUGCAAAAGCUGAGAAUAUUUCAUGCAGAGCACAGAAAUUCCCUCACAUUCCCAUUGCAGAUUUAGGGCAGAAGGUGGAAUGCAGUGUUAACACAGGGCUCAUCUGUAACAAUAGCGAUCAGGUCAUAGGAGGUAUAAUACCGAUGCCCGUCUGCCUCAAUUACGAGAUCAGUGUCUGCUGCAUCCCCAACAUACCGCAGUGUAUUACAAGUACCACCACGAGCACCACGACAGCCCCACCUUCGUCCACAACAAGAACAGUGUCCCCUCCACCCGUAUCAACAACCGCUCCCACGCCAACGCCAUCGGAGCCUCCCAGCAGCACCGCCACCACCACGAUGCCACCCAGAAGCACCACCAGCAGCACCCUGGGGACAACGACGAUGGUUCCUGGCACACCAGCACCCACCCCAACUACUGCAACCACGUUCACACCACCAACAAUAAUCACUAAAACCCCACUGCCUCCAUCUUCAGAAGCAAUAAAGGGUACAACACCUGAACCAAGAACACCGAUAAGUACCAUAGUUACUCCUUCAGCUACCCCACAGCCAACAACUAGAACAACGGAAAUACAAAGUAUAGUGUCCACUACAGGCACGACUAUACAACAGUCAAUAACAUCAGUGUCAACAAGCCCGGUGACAGUCAGCACGUCUGGAGUCACUGAAACAGGAUCAACCACCAAAACCACCACUUCAGGCCCCACACCCUCAGGACCCACUCCCCACAGCACCACAACAGUAAUGGAAACAAGUAGCCACGAGACCUCUACCACGGGGACUGGGAGCCCUCCGACAGGACCACCUAGCAGCACCACCAGCACCACAACCUCAGGACCAUCUUCCCCAAUGUCUACAGCCAGCACUACUGUAUCACCACCACCAGUGUCAACAAGCCCAGUGACAGUCAGCACGUCUGGAGUCACUGAAACAGGAUCAACCACCAAAACCACCACUUCGGGCCCCACACCCUCAGGACCCACUCCCCACAGCACCACAACAGUAAUGGAAACAAGUAGCCACGAGACCUCUACCACGGGGACUGGGAGCCCUCCGACAGGACCACCUAGCAGCACCACCAGCACCACAACCUCAGGCCCAUCCUCCCCAAUGUCUACAGCCAGCACUACUGUAUCACCACCACCAGUGUCAACAAGCCCGGUGACAGUCAGCACGUCUGGAGUCACUGAAACAGGAUCAACCACCAAAACCACCACUUCGGGCCCCACACCCUCAGGACCCACUCCCCACAGCACCACAACAGUAAUGGAAACAAGUAGCCACGAGACCUCUACCACGGGGACUGGGAGCCCUCCGACAGGACCACCUAGCAGCACCACCAGCACCACAACCUCAGGCCCAUCCUCCCCAAUGUCUACAGCCAGCACUACUGUAUCACCACCACCAGUGUCAACAAGCCCGGUGACAGUCAGCACGUCUGGAGUCACUGAAACAGGAUCAACCACCAAAACCACCACUUCGGGCCCCACACCCUCAGGACCCACUCCCCACAGCACCACAACAGUAAUGGAAACAAGUAGCCACGAGACCUCUACCACGGGGACUGGGAGCCCUCUGACAGGACCACCUAGCAGCACCACCAGCACCACAACCUCAGGCCCAUCCUCCCCAAUGUCUACAGCCAGCACUACUGUAUCACCACCACCAGUGUCAACAAGCCCAGUGACAGUCAGCACGUCUGGAGUCACUGAAACAGGAUCAACCACCAAAACCACCACUUCGGGCCCCACACCCUCAGGACCCACUCCCCACAGCACCACAACAGUAAUGGAAACAAGUAGCCACGAGACCUCUACCACGGGGACUGGGAGCCCUCCGACAGGACCACCUAGCAGCACCACCAGCACCACAACCUCAGGCCCAUCCUCCCCAAUGUCUACAGCCAGCACUACUGUAUCACCACCACCAGUGUCAACAAGCCCGGUGACAGUCAGCACGUCUGGAGUCACUGAAACAGGAUCAACCACCAAAACCACCACUUCGGGCCCCACACCCUCAGGACCCACUCCCCACAGCACCACAACAGUAAUGGAAACAAGUAGCCACGAGACCUCUACCACGGGGACUGGGAGCCCUCCGACAGGACCACCUAGCAGCACCACCAGCACCACAACCUCAGGCCCAUCCUCCCCAAUGUCUACAGCCAGCACUACUGUAUCACCACCACCAGUGUCAACAAGCCCGGUGACAGUCAGCACGUCUGGAGUCACUGAAACAGGAUCAACCACCAAAACCACCACUUCGGGCCCCACACCCUCAGGACCCACUCCCCACAGCACCACAACAGUAAUGGAAACAAGUAGCCACGAGACCUCUACCACGGGGACUGGGAGCCCUCCGACAGGACCACCUAGCAGCACCACCAGCACCACAACCUCAGGCCCAUCCUCCCCAAUGUCUACAGCCAGCACUACUGUAUCACCACCACCAGUGUCAACAAGCCCGGUGACAGUCAGCACGUCUGGAGUCACUGAAACAGGAUCAACCACCAAAACCACCACUUCGGGCCCCACACCCUCAGGACCGACUCCCCACAGCACCACAACAGUAAUGGAAACAAGUAGCCACGAGUCCUCUACCACGGGGACUGGGAGCCCUCCGACAGGACCACCUAGCAGCACCACCAGCACCACAACCUCAGGCCCAUCCUCCCCAAUGUCUACAGCCAGCACUACUGUAUCACCACCACCAGUGUCAACAAGCCCAGUGACAGUCAGCACGUCUGGAGUCACUGAAACAGGAUCAACCACCAAAACCACCACUUCGGGCCCCACACCCUCAGGACCCACUCCCCACAGCACCACAACAGUAAUGGAAACAAGUAGCCACGAGACCUCUACCACGGGGACUGGGAGCCCUCCGACAGGACCACCUAGCAGCACCACCAGCACCACAACCUCAGGCCCAUCCUCCCCAAUGUCUACAGCCAGCACUACUGUAUCACCACCACCAGUGUCAACAAGCCCAGUGACAGUCAGCACGUCUGGAGUCACUGAAACAGGAUCGACUACCAUUUCGGGCCCCACACCCUCAGGCCCCACUCCCGUAUCAGAAACUGGUAGCCCAAUGACAACCACUUCAACUCGCACUACUCCCACAAGAUCAACUGCCAUCACCACCACCAUGACUUCAGGACCAUCCUCCAUAGAGUCUGCUGCUACCACUACUGUAUCUCCGCCAUCAGUAUCAACCAGCAUCAUGCCGGUCACCACCUCUGGUACAACUCCAACUGAAUCUUUUACCACUACUUUAGGAACAACCUCUAGGAAUUUUACCACAAUUACUGCCACCACCAGCACCAGCACCUCUGAAUUUUUUUCCCCUGGCUCAACCAGUACUUCUGGGCCAACUGCAACAUCGAGUUCAGUCACUAUUACAGGAAGUUCUACUUACAGUACAGUUACUCCACUCAGUGCUUCAAGUUCAACUACAACUCCACCACCAACCACUCCUGGAAGAAAUUGUUCUGUUUUUCCUAAUGAAUCUUAUGCGCCAGGCGAGUCAUGGUGGAUCUGUGACUGCAUUAAGGCAAUAUGUAUAGAAGACAAUAUAAUCCAGGUGGUUCCCGUAAUCUGUAACCCACCUCCUAAACCUACAUGUGCUAAUGGGCUUUCUCCUGUGCAAGUCAUUGAUGAGGAUGGAUGCUGUUGGCACUGGGAGUGUGAUUGCUACUGCACUGGCUGGGGAGACCCACAUUACAUGACUUUUGAUGGACUAUACUACAGCUAUCAAGGGAAUUGUACAUACGUCCUUGUGGAAGAGAUUUAUAAGAAAGUUGACAACUUUGGUGUCUACAUUGAUAACUACCAUUGUGACACACGGGAUGUAGUCUCCUGUCCUCGAACACUCAUUGUGAGACAUGAGACUCAGGAAGUGCGCAUGGCAACAGUCAAACCAAAUACUCUACAAGUAGAGGUGACAGUAAACAAACAGGCAGUGGCUUUGCCUUAUAAAAAAUUUGGCUUGAGCAUCUAUGAGUCAGGCAUAAAUCGUGUAGUGGAAAUUCCUGAACUAAAAAUGAACGUGACCUACAAUGGCUUGUCCUUUUCUAUCAGAAUGCCCUACAGCCUGUUUGGCAACAACACUCAUGGACAGUGUGGUACUUGCAAUAACAACACGGCAGAUGACUGCAUGUUGCCGAAUGGAAAGAUUGCAGAAAACUGUGAAACCAUGGCAGAUCAUUGGCAAGUUGUUGAUCCCUCCAAACCACAGUGCUCCCCAGGCCUAAUUCCUACAAAAGCACCCAGCACAACUCCAACACAACCUUGCAAAGAAUCUUCCAUCUGUGAGCUUCUUUUGGGAAGUUUGUUUGAGCCGUGCCAUGGUUUUGUCCAGCCUGAAAAGUACUAUGCAGCCUGCGUUUUUGAUAGUUGUGUACUUCCCAACUUAGACCUGGAAUGCUCAAGUCUACAGACCUAUGCUGCCACCUGUGCUGAUCAAAGUGUAUGCAUUGACUGGAGAAGUCAUACCAAUGGUGUUUGCUCUUAUAAAUGCCCCUCAGAUAAAGAAUACAGAGCAUGUGGUCCUAUUAAAGAGAUAACCUGCAAAUCAAGUCAACAAAACGAAACUUCAACUAAACAAGUGGAAGGUUGUUUCUGUCCUAAUGGAACAAUGCUGUAUGACUCUGGAGUGGAUGUCUGUGUGAAAACCUGUGGCUGUGUUGGAGUGGAUAAAAUACCAAGAGAGUUUGGGGAAAAGUUUACAGUAGACUGUCAGGACUGUAUUUGCCUGGAAGGUGGAAAUGGCAUUGUAUGUGAGCCUCAUGAAUGUGCCAAACAAAAUAAGACCAGUUGUGAUGGAGAAGGCUUCUAUGAGGUCAAUGAAGUAAAUUCUGAAGACUCCUGCUGCCCCAUUGUCACCUGCAAAUGCAAUACAAGCUUGUGCACAAGUAAAGCCCCCAAGUGUACACUGGGAUUUGAAGUUCAUUCUCAUAUUCCCCGUGGUCAGUGCUGUCCUGUGUACCAGUGUGUUCCCAAGAGGGUUUGUGUACAUCAGAAUGCUGAGUUCUUGCCUAAUUCCUCAGUCUUUGUUGAUAAGUGUCAGAAUUGUUUCUGCACUAAUGAAGUUAACAUCAGCACUCAACUGAAUAUCAUCUCAUGUGAACAUAUUCCAUGCAACACAUAUUGUGAACCAGGAUAUGAACGUCAACCAGUGAAAGGUGAAUGUUGUGGAAGAUGUGUGCAGACUAAGUGUGUUAUACAUACAUCAGAUAAUUCUGACCUCAUCUUGAGUCCUGGAGAGUUUAAAAAUGAUCCUUACAACAAUUGCACCAUUUAUAGCUGUGUAAAUAUCCACAACCAGCUUAUCUCUUCCACAUCUGAGAUUACCUGCCCAGCAUUCAAUGAAGAGAGCUGCAAACCUGGAACUAUUACAUUCUUACCUAAUGGUUGUUGCAGAACCUGUGCACCUCUGGAUAGUCCCACACCCUGCUCUGUCCGUCAAAGAAAAGACUUUAUCAUCUAUAAGGGCUGCCAUUCUGUGGACAGAGUUGUCAUGACUGAAUGUGAAGGAACAUGUGGAACCUCCUCACUAUACUCUGCUGAGGCCAAUUCUAUGGACCACAGCUGUUCCUGCUGCAGGGAAUCAAGGACUACUGUGAGGGAAGUGGAACUGAAAUGCCCCACUGGGCAUUCAGUUUCACAUAAGUAUAUAUAUGUGGAAAGCUGCAGCUGUCAAGACACUGAAUGUAGCAGCUCACAAUCCAGUGAGUUGCAGAGCACAGAAGAAAAUGACAAGGCGAGCACUCUGAACCGUAUCAAGAGGGCCAUCAGCUUAACAGCAAAAUGAAGGGAAAAAAACCUAGCAACAUUCAACUAAAAGGACAAUUCUCAUCUUCCUUGACUACUUUUGAACUUUGUGUUUCCCCAUUACUGUACCCUGUUUGUUCUUCAAUUAUUUUUAACAGUGCUGUAUUUAUUUGUGCACAAAAUAAGAACACAAAUUUGUGUUCUUCCAAGUGCACAGCCUUUUGGGUCUUUUUAUAAUCAGCUUAUUUUCUCUGAAUGAUUAAAAGCACAU